GCAGAUGGUGUCGACACCGUUUAUCUCAAACUUCAUUAAAACCUUUCAACUUUUUCCUCCAAAAAUUUCACCGAUAGUGAAAUGAUGUCGACAUUCCUCCUGAUCACAACCAGCAAAAGAACACGCAUCCAUAAAUUCUGAGAAUGAUCAACAACUUAAGACCCGUGUGUGUCUCAUCAUCAUUUCAUCAUCUUCUUGUACAAAACAUCAUUUGUUCAACAACUUUAAGGAGAAUCUUUGAUAUAUUAUAAUCUUGUGAUUCAUCACCAUGUGGGUGCUUGAGGAGCUAUACAUGUUGAUGAAUUUGGAGAAGAUUAAAGGGGAUAUGUGGAUUUCAUCAGCAUCGCUUUUCAGGAACUUUGCUGAAUCCAUGUCAACAACUAGCUGCACUGACUCACCCGAGUUCGACCCAUGCCAAGACGAAAAAGCCGCUCUCAUCCUUAAAUUUUUGGCCAUUGCCACCAUCCUUGUCGCCGGAAUCCUAGGUGUCACCAUCCCAUUGGUCAGCAAAAACUAUGGCUUCUUCAAAACAGACUCCAGUCUCUUUUUCUCCACCAAAGCCUUUGGUGCUGGUGUGAUUCUCGCCACCGGAUUCGUGCACAUGCUACCAGAAGCCACAGAGGCGUUAACAAACCCGUGUCUCCCAGAAUCCCCUUGGUCCCAGUUUCCAUUUUCGGGCUUUAUCGCUAUGAUGGCUGCGUUGAUCACUUUGCUUGUUGACUUUAUCUGUACUCAGUAUUAUGAGAGUAAACAAAAGAAGCAAAUUGAAGAUGUUAAAGAUGAACAUGUGGGUGAUUCUGAUUCAGAAUCUUUGAGAGUUCCACUGGUGGUGAAUGACAAUCAUGAGGUGUUUGGAGAAGAAGAUGGUGGCGGGAUUCACAUAGUCGGGAUCCAUGCUCAUGCUGCUCAUCAUAGUCAUAAUCAUAAUGAAGUAACCGUGCAUUCGGAAGGGCGUUCGCAUAUGCAUCCGCAUGGAUUUAGUGAUGAUGAUGACGAGGGCGGUGCUCGGCAUGUCAUUGUUGCACAGGUGUUAGAACUCGGGAUCCUAUCACAUUCAAUCCUGAUUGGACUAUCACUAGGCGUUUCACAAAGCCCAUGUGCCAUCAGACCCUUGCUGGUUGCCUUAUCGUUCCAUCAACUUUUUGAAGGGUUCGCACUAGGCGGGUGCAUUUCGCAGGCAAAGCUCAGGCCCCUUCAUUCAGCUAUAAUGGCAUGCUUUUUCGCUAUAACAACGCCUUUAGGUGUCGGUAUAGGCGCAGUUAUCUGCUCAUUUUACAAUCCUAACAGCCCCAGAGGUCUUGUUAUUGAAGGGGUACUUGACGCUAUAUCAGGUGGCAUUUUGAUUUACAUGGCUUUGGUUGACUUAAUUGCUGCUGAUUUUAUGACCAAGAAGAUGAGAUGCAAUGUUAGGCUGCAAGCUGUGUCUUAUGUUGCAUUGUUUCUUGGGGCUGGGUUGAUGGCUCUUCUUGCAAUUUGGUCAUGAUAUAUAUAUCAUGUGUGUUGUGUAAUGUUAAGUUAUGUUAUUGUUUAGUUAUUUUCAUUAAUCUUUAUUACAAUACUAAAAAAAUUGGUUGUAGGGUAACAAACCCGGUAUCUUGUAUAUAUCUGUGAUUUAUUUUGUUUACAUUGGGAUUUUAAAA